UUUGUCAACUGUCAAUUUUGCGUUUGUUUACUUUUAAUAUUUUUCUGUUAUUUUUUGGUUCUUUUUGGUUUUAAUAUUAAAUUGGUUUGCUUUGUUCACAUAACAAUGGAAAAAGUAAAAAACGGUGUUAUUUCGCCACCCCCAGCCCCAGACUUGAAUGGAAACACCCCAAAGACCCUCAAAAAUUGUAACGGAAUUGCCAAAAUCAAAGACCAAAUUGUAACCGAAGACGGUCGUGUUUUCUACCCUUGCCAAUUCUGUAACAAAGUCUUCCCAAUUAAAAAAUCGCGGACUUCACACAUCCAGAAAUGCCCGGCUAAAGAGUACAUUUUAUCAGUCGGGGAUGACAGUAAAAUUCUUGUGAAAAAUCCUGAAAAACCAUCCGAAUUGAAGAAAAUUGACAUAAAGCAAAACAUUGUUUUAAACGAACAAACAGACGUUGAGAAGGAUUCAUCAAAGUCACCUCCUAUUAAGUUGACAAUCAAACGCAGCCCCAGCAAUGGUAACAAAGGUUCCGAACAUUUCACAGUCUCAAAUUCGCUCGUUUUGAAAGAAAAAAACGACACUGACGAUUUUAACACAAUUGCCAAAAGACUCGAAAGUAAUUCAGUGACAAUAACAAAGCAGUCUUCAAAAAACGACCAGAAACCGCCCCCUGAAAGCGAUGAUUUUAAUGAGUUUACUUGUCGCGAGUGCAAGAAGGAAUUCAGGUCCUCUUUGGAAUUAUUAAGACACGGACGGAAAGUUCAUUCUUAUCCCAAAGUCUUGAUGGCUUUAAGCGAAGUUAAAAAGUUUUACACGUCGAAAGACAGGUCGGAGUGCCCCAUCUGUCAUAAACCUCUCAAAACGAAUUUUCGGUCAGCGUUUGUUAAACAUUUGCUUACGCAUACGAAUGAAAUGAAGUAUUCAUGUAAAGUCUGUAACAAAAAAUUCCGCAGGGCCGAUCAUAUGAAAGCGCACGAGAAACGGCAUGUUAUUAAAGAUAAGUAAUUGUUAAGGAUUUUAUAUUUUAGGCAUAUUUAUUGUUUACUCAGUUAGACUUGUUAAGCAACCAGUUAUGUAUUUUUAUGUAUGGUUUAGCGUGUUACAUUAAUAAUAUACAUUUUAUCAUUAAUGUUUUUUAAAGUAUGAAGAUUGAUUUGAGAUUUGAUUGGCAUAGAAUGUAUCGCCAUUUUUUGACAAAUAUAUUUUUUGC